AUGAAUUUGAAACUGCUUACUAUUGACCUGUUCUUAUUAAAUUUCAGCCGACCAACAGGCAUGCUCAGAAGCCACACAGCGCCAGUCUGUUACCUCUCCAUAUCUGCAGAAGAUGUGAAAAUAUUUUCCAUAUCCACAGACAACACCAUUAAGAUUUGGGAUAUUGUGGACCAGACCUGUUUAUUUACAGCUUGUUCAAAAACCAGUGGAAUUAAGGGAGAGCUCACUGCUUGCCACUACACCCCAGGCACCAGAUCGCUUUGUGUUGCUGCGGAUACACUUGCACUUCUUCAUCUAAGAUUAAGGCCUCCUCCAGAGCCCCACUUGAUCGUGUCUCAUAAGGAGCCAGUUCUGUGCUGCAAAUACAACAAAGAGUUCAGGCACGUGGUGAGCUGCUCAGAGGGAUCUGUGGUUAAAGUGUGGGAUUUUGAAACAGGAAAGCAUUUAUUUGAGUUUAGUGGUGCUCAUGGAGGUGCUGCAAUAACCUGUUUGACCUUUGAUGUCAGUGGAAGAAGGUUAAUUACAGGAGGAAGAGAUGGAUGCUUGAAAAUAUGGAAUUACAACAAUGGACAUUGUUUGAAUACUUUGAAAAGGGAAGACAAAUUUGCUGAAGUCUGUGACUGCACCUACGUGGAGGUGAACAGAAGCAGGUAUAUCAUAGCUGUUGGAUGGGAUAGAAGAAUAAGCAUGUAUUUUGACUCUGCAGAUGACCUUCAUCACUUUCAGAAACCUCAGCCCUAUUGGCAGGAUGAUAUAAGCAGUGGCCACAAGGAGGAUAUUCUGUGUAUUGCUCAGUGUCCACCUACUCUUCUUGCCACCUCCAGUUAUGAUGGUGAAAUUAUCGUUUGGAAUAUGAUCUCAGGACACAUAUACCGCAAACUUCACACAUCUUUUCCCACUCACUGUGCUGGCACAGAAGCUGUAGACACAAGUAUUACUCAACUCGUAUUUCUGAGGACUCGCGCAGUGAAAUUUGAAUCAACAGCAGCCUCUCUUAUUUCCAAUGGGCCUCAAGGUUCUGUCAACUUCUGGAGUCUGUUCAGUGGAAUCCCCCUUACAGCAAGCUUCAUACCUUCUAGAGUGAAAUCCCACAUCAGCAGUAUUGCUGUCACUGCGGACGAUUCCUUUAUUUAUGCAGCUGACGAUGUUGGAUAUGUGUAUGUCUACAGCAUCAAGGACUAUGCCCUUCAGGACCCAGAGCGAGAACCACCAAAAUAUGUGAAUCAUUGGAGAGCUCAUGUAAAUAUAGUUGUAUCAGUAGAGGUGGUUGAUGAAGAAAAAGUCCUGCUUUCCUCUUCUAUUGAUUGUACCGUUCGUCUGUGGAGUCUGGAUGGAGAGUACAUUGGGACUUUUGGGCAGGCAGAACCAUGGGAAAUUUUCACACCUGCCUCCUGGAAACAUCCCAGGGUUCCCUAUGAAAUCUUGAUAGACCCACAAAGCAUGCCAAUUCACCCCAUGCUAGAAGGAGAGCCACCUGUCUUACAACUCAUAAACACAGAGCCACGUAAUGUAACUCUGGAAAACUCCUUAUCUAAGCAUGAAGUGAGCUAUAACCCCAAACUUCCCCAAGUCACCCAUCCUGACCUGGAUAUCAAAGAGGAAAUCAACCAGCGGUCUUAUGCACAAGCUUUGGGUAAAAGAUUGAAGCAGGAGCAUUACAAGAAGAUAAAGAAACCACUUGCUCCUGGGGGACAGAGUACAUAUCACAUAAUCAACAGCUAUGAAGUUGUCAUUGAAAAGCCUGAUUUGUCUGUUCUUGGCACAGACUACUUUUAUGAAGAAUCAUUAGGGGAAGAUUAGAGCAAUAAUUCUGUAGGUAAACUGAGCACAUGACCAUCUGUCUCUUCAGUGGUAGCAAAGCGGUUUGUUAUUUUUGUUCCUGGUCUAAUUUUUCCUCUGUUGUUUUGACAGAAAUACACUUAAAAUAUGCAGAUGUUUCUUAAUCACUUCUAGACAGUUUAUCCUUCUAAGCUUCCUACUAUAGUGGCUCAUCAGUUAAUUCUAUAGAGCUGGACUUAUGUGGCAUUUAAACAAGAAUUAUAUAAGCACAAAGUGAAACCAGAACAUGACUGUUAAAUAAACAAUUCCCUAUUAACUAGAGCCUGGUGAUAUAAUAGCACUGUGGAGGCAUAGUACAUCUGCACACUUAAGGCCUCAGCAAUCUUGUUUUAGGUCUAGUGAGACUUAUUCAACAUGCUCUCUGGCUUUGGGGGUCUAAGCUAUGGUUGGUGUAUUGCAUAUACUCCUGGGGGACUUCUGCACCAAAAAA